AUGAUUUUUGGUAACAUGAUCCUGAGACUACUAUUCCUGGUUCAGACCGGGAUUGGGAUCCUGGGGAAUACCUUCCUUCUCUCAACUUAUGCCUCCCCUUCAAACAUUGGACAUGCACUAAGGCCCAUGCACUUCAUUCUUACCAACCUGGCUGUGGCCAACUUCUUGGUUCUUUUCUUCAAGGGGAUCCCCCAGAUGAUAUUCAUCUGGGGAGUGACACACAUCCUAGGCAACACUGGGUGUAAACUUGUCUAUUACAUCCACAGAAUGACCCAGGGCCUUUCUCUCUGCACCACUUGCCUCUUGAGCAGUUUUCAGGCUAUCACCAUCAGCCCCAGAACUUGUGGGCGGAUGGGCUUCAAAGACAGAGCCUGGAUGAACAUCAGUUCCUCCUGCCUUCUCUGCUGGAUCUGCAACCUGCUGAUGAACAUCUUUGUUCCCAUAAAGCUGGAGGCCCCUAAUCACUUUCACAAUUCCACAAAAAUACGGAAUUAUGGUCUGUGCUCUUCUAAAAAUCCUGAAACAUCUAGUGCUGCAAAAUACACCAUUCUAAUGACUCUCCCCGAUAUGGUGUUCAUGGGCCUCCUGGUUGGUGCCAGUGUCCAUAUGGUACUUACACAGACACCACAGAGAAUGAAGCAUAUUCGUACCUUAAGCAUCUCCCACAGAUUCUCCCCUGAGGCCAAAGCCACUCAAACCAUCCUGCUCCUGGCAAGCACCUUCAUUUUGUUUUACUUCAUCAAUUCUAUUCUUACGAUUUACAAUACUAUCUUUUUCGAAUGUCGUCCUUGGCUGCAGCACACUGCCAACUUCCUGGCAGCGUGCCAUCCCACACUGAGCCCCCUGAUUUUGCUACUUCGAGAUCCCCGAGGACCAGGUUUCUGCUCUUAA